GUGACAGCAGACCUUCAGCUCAGAGCAGAGAGGAAAUGAACCCAGAAAACUGCUUCUUCUUACUGCGCACUGUGUAGGCUUGACUCAGCUGGUCCAGCGGACUCCCUGCAGCAGCAGCAGCAGCAGCAGCAGCUCUGCUCCACUCAGACCGACAGACGCACGGACGAACGGUCACCGGACAGACCGGGUACCUGCUGUACAGCCGCGGACCUGAUUGAAGACUGCAGGACACACACAUGCCGAUAAUGAUGAUGACGGAGAAUAUGGAGCAGAGUGAUGAUGUCAGCGUCCUGCACGCCCAUGAGGUGGAGCCCCCCAGAGAGGAGGACGGACACUGCCCCCUGCCCUUCAGGCUGCAGCUGAUCGACGACCUGUCCUACGAAGACGUGAAGAAGUGUUACAGAGGAUCAACUGUCAGCAAAUACAACUCUCAGUACCACAAACUGUUCCAGACGGUUCCUAAAGAGGAGAUCCUGAUGAAAGUGUAUUCGUGUGCGUUGUUACGAGACAUCCUGCUGCAGGGACGACUCUACAUCUCCAGGAACUGGCUGUGUUUCUACGCCAACCUGUUUGGUAAAGACAUCAAGGUGUGUAUACCUGUGGUGUCAGUUCGGCUGGUGAAGAAACACAAGACGGCAGGUCUGGUGCCAAACGGCCUGGCUAUCACCAUGGAUACAGCUCAGAAGUACGUGUUUGUGUCCCUGCUGUCCAGAGACAGUGUCUAUGACGUCCUCAGGAGGAUCUGCACUCACCUGCAGGUGAACGGGAAGAGUCUGAGUCUGAAGCAGUACCUGGAGGAGCCCAGCUCUCUGUCCAUGGAUGAGUUUCCAGAGGUGUUGAAGUGGAGGAGGAAGCCCUCGCUCCCCGCCGUUUCCUCCUCGCUCCCUGACCUGCUGGGAAACUCCGCCCCCAGCCUCGCCACAGAAACAGCAUUCAGCACACACACACUCACAGACAGCAGUUUGGAAACAGAGAAGAUCCUGCUGACAGAACCAGUACCAGAACUGGGUCACAUGGAGUACCAGCUGCUGAAACUCUUCAUCUUGCUUGUCUUCCUGUUGGUCCUGUCGUCCUGCUAUCUGGCCUUCAGAGUUUGUCGUCUGGAGCAGCAGCUUAGCUUCCUGAGCAGCCAACCAACACUGAGAGAGAGGUGUGGAGAGGUGCCCUGCUGGCUCGCCAAUCAGAGGACAGGAACCUGACCCUGAAGUCUGCGGUGAAAUACAGAAGACACCUGCACUUACAUAGACUUCCCAUCAGGGGGCGGCGGUGAGCAGAGACAGACGACUGUAGCAGCCGUCAGCAGCUAAACUCUGACCCUGCCAUGACCUGGUUACCAUAGAGACGUCACAAUAGUAACAGAAACUGUAGACUGACCUUUGGCCUCUGAGGACGAGGCAAUGGAGGGGACACGCAGAGGUCGCGUAGAGAUCAUGAGGCUGAAGGGACGACGACAUGCUGUAACAUAACAGACAUAGAUUUUAAUGUGAAGCAGACUGAAAACAAUGAUGUGUGCGUGUGUGUGUGUGUACAUAGACUGUAUGGACUAACACACACUCUGACUCUGAGGUCUGUUAGUAGUUCAGGUUAAACAUGUUUUCAUACAGACACUGUUGGAUGUGAUGAAACGGUCGUUAGAGUCGGGAGAAGCUGCCGGUUCCUGAAGUGUUUCUCUUCAUCCUGUUUUCACAGAACAAAUAUUUCCUUUAAAAGGUCCAGUGUGUAGGAUUUAGGGGGAUAUAUUGGCAGAAAUAUAAUAUAAUAAAUAUGU